GUCAUAAACUAUCCGGGGCGACCCACUAAUGCGAUUUCCUUACUCUUAUUUUCUUCGUUCAUCGUUGUUAUUGGGGCAUUUUUUUGAGGUUGAAUUUCUAUUCUCUUGCGGUGUUGUCAUGGGCAUUGUCAGAUCAAGUAUGAUCUGACCGGAACGGCGGUUUCUUGACUGCCAGUUUAUUCAAACGGCACGAGAGUAUUCUACGCGCUCUAUGGAUCAAAUGACGAGUCUCGAUUCUAGAUCAGGGUGGUUCAACGCUUUAUGCUUGCUGUCUUUUAUUCGCAUCGGCAGUCGAGAAACGAAAAUAUGGUGUGGAUUUCUGCUGCAUUUUCAUUUGCAGACCGGAUUGGUGAUGGUCAUCUUUCUUUCGCGUCGGUGGUUUAGUUUUAUUGUUUUUCCUGCACAGUGUUCUUAUAUCUCGGGUGGUUAUCUGUCGUUUUUUUUUUUUUUUUUUUUUUUCUUUUUUUUGUCAUCUGUCGCAUUCAUGCUGAUGUCUACAUGCUGGGUUCAAAAGGAGGUCGUCUCAUUUCUUUUACCAUUUCCUUCUAUCUCUUUCUGAUUUACGCGCGGUGUCCAUCUAUCUGUUGUGUUCUGAUUUUACAUCGUUGAUGCUUUCUAUUUCUUUUACUGUUUUUCGCAUUGCAUUCGCCAAGUUACUUUUACUUGAUUUGAUGUGUUUUC